AUGGGUAACGUGACUAGCUGGCACGCGCGCUUGUCUCAGGACAAUCCGUCUGACGUCAUCGUCGACCUCUCAGGACUCUCCGCGCGCCUGCCGUAUCACUUCCACGAGGUCGACGGGUCGUUUCAUCUCCCAUGCGACACGGACGUGGGAGUGGUGCGCGUGGAGGCGCGCGUGUCCGUGGACGUGUGCGGGUUUCACCGCGCGGAGCUAAAGCCGCCCAGCGGGUGGCUGGACCGCGGGGGGAUCUUCCUGAUCGGGCGCGCGGAGGGGUGCGCGGUGAUACGUCUGCGCGUGCGGUUCGAGAGCGAGCGCGACGCGCGCAUGGACAUGGUGGUGGCGGGCGUGGUGGGCGUGCUGUCCGUGGUGGCGCUCGUCGCCAUGCGCGUGUGGGGCAAGGCCCUCAAGAAACUUCUCAAGGACUGA